AUGGCCUCAUGUCUAUACGAAUGCCUCUGUGAGGCAGAACUCGAGAAAUACUAUCCCCAUUUCAUUGCCCUUGGCUUUGAGAGGAUUGAUGAACUUGCCAAAGUCUCCAUGAAAGAUUACGCUAAACUGGGAGUACAUAACAUGAAGGACCGUAAGCGUCUCUUCCAGCUGGUUCGAAUAAUCAAAAUGUUGCAGGCAGAAGAGGAAGCAGUGGGCAAAAGUCAGCCAUAUUUGCAGUCAGGUGCUGUUUACCUUCAGCCUCCAUUGACUAGAUCUGGGCCUCGGAGACAACUCCAGUUUGACUCCCCCUCAGAGGAAAGGGAUGGAGGAAGAGAACAUGAAUCCGGAUCAUGUACAUUAUCGAGCUGUUCAGUGAAUGAAGAUAAAGAUGAUUUAGCUGCAGUGUUAAGCCAUGACUCUGAGUACAAAAUCCUGAGGAAAGACUCUCCGAACGCCCCUGCGACAUGGGCAGAAUACAAACUGGGCAAUGCCGCUAUCAGUUCAUCAAAUGAUAUUGGCCCUCUCCUAGGGGACACGGAAGCCCCCAUUGUACAGAGAAUAGCUCAUGUUUCAGGUUACAACUAUGGAGUGCCCCAUUCUUGUAUCAGACCUGCUGAUUCUGAAAAAGAAAUGCCAUGGACGGAGACAGACAGAAUCUGUGUAUGUGUUCGAAAACGCCCCCUGGGCUUGAGAGAGGAGCGUCGUGGAGAAGUGAAUAUCCUCACGGUGGAAGGCAAAGAAACGCUCCUCCUCCACGAGAAGAAGGAGGCAGUGGACCUCACCCAGUAUAUUUUGCAGCAUGUGUUUUAUUUUGAUGAAGUCUUUGGGGAGACUUGCUCCAAUCAGGAUGUGUACAUGAAGACUGCUCACCCCCUCAUCCAACACAUUUUCAACGGAGGCAAUGCCACUUGCUUUGCAUAUGGGCAGACCGGUGCUGGUAAGACCUACACCAUGAUUGGCACUCACCAAAACCCUGGACUGUAUGCCCUGGCUGCUAAGGAUAUCUUCAGGCAAUUAGAAGCUUCCCAGGGCAGGCAGGACCUUCACGUCUCGAUCAGCUUUUACGAGAUCUACUGUGGGCAGCUUUAUGACCUGCUGAAUGGAAGGAAGAGGCUUUUUGCGAGGGAAGACAGCAAACACGUUGUGCAGAUCGUCGGGCUGCAGGAGGUCCAGGUGAACACUGUCAGCCUGCUCCUGGAGGUGAUUCUGAAAGGAGGAAAGGAGCGCAGUACGGGGGCAACCGGAGUCAACUCGGAUUCCUCUCGUUCCCAUGCCGUUAUCCAGAUUCAGAUUAAAGAUGCGGCAAACCGAGUGUUUGGAAGGAUCUCCUUUAUUGAUCUGGCCGGCAGCGAGCGAGCCGCUGACGCCAGGGACUCUGACAGACAGACGAAAAUGGAGGGGGCAGAAAUAAACCAAAGCCUGCUGGCUCUGAAGGAAUGCAUCCGUGCCCUGGACCAGGAACACGCUCACACUCCCUUCCGGCAAAGCAAACUGACGCAGGUCCUCAAAGACUCUUUUGUCGGAAACUCCAAGACGUGCAUGAUAGCCAAUGUCUCCCCCAGCCACGUUGCAACAGAGCACACCUUAAACACCUUGCGCUAUGCGGACAGGGUGAAGGAGUUAAAAAGAGGGAUGAAAUGUUGUACCCCUGUUGCAAACAGGCGGCCGACUACAGGAAGCACGUCUCCCAAGCGCAUCCAGAGCUCUCCUCGUGUGCAAGUUGGGGAAAAGAGUUCUCCCAAGAAAGUAAAGCUGGGACUGCAGCGCCCCCUGGUGCUGACUGCUUCGUCAAGGGUGAAGGCCUCUUCACUGCUGGCCCACCCCGGGCAGCCCCCUUUCUCUUCUACCCCAAAAGGACAGGCGCGCAAGGGGCAGGUUGGUGCACAGUGGCUUGGCCACGUCAGCCCGGUGAAAGGGGCUCUGAAGGCAGCCAAGGCGACGGCCGAGGGCCCCCCUCAGCAUGCCGAGAAGAGCCACGUCGGGAAGGACCUCGUGGCCAGGAAAGAGGGUGGCCAGGGAGAUGCGCAGCAGGGCAAGUGCCUGAAAGCGCAGCCGGUGAGGAAGCAGCUCAUACCUCGAGCCGAUUUCCCCCUCGGAGACACGUAUCAUGCGCUGGCCCACGAGGGGGACGGUGGGAGGCUGUUUGCCGAGCAGUGCACCGCUGCCUGGACGGGGCUUCCGCCACACCAGAGGGAGAGGGAGCAGCACCUUCACCGUUACCACCAGCAGUUCCAGCAGCCGCCUCUUCUGCAGCAGAAGCUGAACUUCCAGCCUCUGGAGAGGUUUUUGGCCCAGUACAAGCCUCGGGGCCUCCAGGUGAAGCACGAGGCCCCCUGCCGGACCCCUGGCUCCCCCCAGCACUGUGAUGCAACCAUGCAGCUGGACGAGUUGGACGACAGCGACUUCAGUGACGAUUCCUUCUCUCCGGGGCCGAGCCAGCGGAAGGCUCAGGCAGAGGGCCGGGGGGACUGCAGCCAGGGCUCGUUCUUUCUCCAUCAGAGAGAGUGCGGGGCGGACGGUCCGGAGGUCCAGGGCGGGCACGAGCUCUUCUCCGAGCCUGGGAAUAAAGGCGCAGCCUUGCCAAGGGGGAAGGAGGCCGCUAGCUGUGAAGAAGGCACAAAGAAUCGGCCUGGCUGGAGCAGAGAGGAAGCUUCAGCACUUGAGUCCCCUCCACGGAAGGACAUGCCAGAGAAGCCUUACUGCUCACAAGAGGACAGUGCUGGGUGUAACAGGACAAACACCAAAGAGCCGCUGGCUGGGCAAAACCCGCCCAAAUUGGCGGGUCUGCCUCUGAGUGACCAACACUGCUCCGCGCCAGAAAAAGCUGCACAAAGUUCACCUUUUGCGGGUCUGUUGGGCUCCACAAAGACCAUUGCUGACAGCUUGGCAGAAGGCAGUGUCAAAGGUCCACUUUCAGGAAUUGCAGAGGGAGAGGGUCUCCAAAAAGAAGCAGGUCUUUCUGCGGGUCAGGAUUGUUCCAUGGACUUUGCCUCUGGAGCGAUGGCCCCUUUGACAGUGACAUUCCUUGAUGUGGGGACAAGCAGCACUUCUGAGGAAGACCAGUCCCAGCCGUGGGAAGGAAAGGCUCUACUGGAGGAGGAGGAGGAGGAGGAUGCAAUAGAAGGAAAGCCAGUUAGUCCCACGAAGCACUGGGACUAUGAGGACACCAGAGAGUUUUGUGGAAGUAGAGCACCCUCUCUGUCCAGCGUUUAUGAAAGAGACCAGUGGAGGAGAAACACCGGCAAGGUGCUUUCCCCACAGGCCAGACCCAAGUGGCUCUCCCAGUCUUGUCACAGCCCACAGGCCUCCUCCCCCCGGGGGGUCGCAUCGGCCUUGAACGAGCUGCACGGCUGUGUCUGUGGCUACUCUGCCGAAGACGCAGGUCUAGUGGGUCUCCCUUCUCCCUGCACGGACGAGGGGAGCAGCGCGCGUCUCCAUAACCUCCAGUUCAGUGAGUAUGUGAGCAGCCUGUAUUACGAUGCGGACACAGAAGCGGCCACAAUCGCCCCACUGAGCUGUCCAGGGCAGUUCGGCUCGGGAGAAGACGACAGCACCAAGCCCAGGACGCUGCUUCAGCGUAUUGAAGCGGUGGAGCAGUCUUUUGUGUCGAGCACGUUGUCCAUCUUGGGCCAUGCAGGAAGGACGGACUCCCCUGUGGAAAGCAGCCUGCUGCAGCCUGGCCGGGCAUUCAGGCAGCUGGAGCUUGGCCACGCGAAAGAGGCAUGCGGGGUGACCUUCAGCAGUGAGGAAAUGGGGCUGCUCAAGAACCGGCGCCCUCAGAACAUGCUUCCCCAUCCUCCUGAUGCUGUGGAACAGGAUUCAGGGCUUGUCUCCAAAGGCAUCAACAUCACAGUCGCCAAGAAGUCACCGAAGGCCUGUGGCCAGAGGGAGUUACCCGAUAGCUCACUCCCAUUCAAGGGAACAUUGGAAAGGCAGUUUGUGCUCCAAAUCCACCGAGAACAGCUGGACGAGAUGGCCGGGCUCUGCUUCCAGGAGGAGAGUUUGAUCCGCAAGAUGUCAGCCCUGGACUUCAAGGACUUUGUGAUGCAGCUGGACACGAUACUGAUGCUGAAAUCCAAAUGCAUUCAAAAGAUGCAAAGCCAGCUGCAGCCCUUCCUAGCAGCUGCUUCGAGCGGGGCAGCACUGCUGACAGCGUCCCUGACAUAGCCAGGAGGCCGCGGCAAGGCAGGCCGUUGGAGGCCGCGGCCUUUCUGGAUCAGCCACUUCAGCCAGCAAGACGUUGGGCAGUUUGGGUCUUAUCCUUGGUACGUCUUAGGAAAAUAUUUAAGGGGUGAACUCCAGAUCAAGAAGAAACCUGGCUAAUGGGCAGGAAACCGAGGGAUUUUGGCAUUCCUGUGCUCCCCCAAAUUCCCACUCGCAGUGGCCACAGCAAUUGGGAGCAUCCUGGCACCUUUCCAGUGGCAAUUCUUGGUCCUGCAAAGCACAGACAGUCCCCAAGCCAGCGCAAGCCCUGCUUCCAGGUAACACGCUUUGGAAAAGGAGAGGCGCCAGCUGCCACCAGUGGAACAGUCCCUUGCGCAGCUAGGCUUCCAGGAGGACGAAAGUGAGCCACUGGGACUGCUUUCUGGAGAGAGGACUCUUUCCACAGGGAUUUCCACAGGGAUGCUCCCUGCCGCAGCAUUUUCCACACAUUUUGCAUUCGUGCCUUGACUAUCCAUGGUUGUGGCUCAAAGGCUCCUACACUGAGUUUCAGUGUGCAGGUUUCUUGAAGGUCACAGUGUGUACAAUAUGCAUGUUGGACUACAACUACCAUCAUUCCCCAGCCAGUGUGACCAGUGGUGGCUAGAAACACCGGGAUUUGCACGGUAGCACAUCUGGCAGGCACCAGGCUGGAUCAGUGGGCACGAGCUAUGAAGCAGGAAGCUGGGGGCGGGGGGGGGGGGUUACUUUCGGAAGCCUUUACAUGUCCUGGAUUUGCCCACCCUGUGGCUUCACUUCAGGAGGCAGGAUUCCUCGGUGGGAAGUUUGGCAGAAACAAGCCGCUUCCUUGAGGUGCCAGAGCAAUUCUGCAUGCGGCUUGAGGAAGCUGCCUUCCACAAGCAGCGCUCAGCACCGGGUUCAUGCUGCUGUUUGCAAGGAGGAA